UACUGACGUGCACAUCUGGAGGCGUUUUGAAAAUGAGUACAACGCUAAACUUUAAAUGUUAAUUUGAUCGUGACUGUACUCUUACUCUUUAGACAUGACGACUUGACAUAACUGUCUGUGCAGCAAUAGAAAAGCGGUUCUUUGUUGCAUUAACAGAGGAAGCAGAUGGUGGAAAAAGACGGACUCGUAGGCAAUGUUCAAGUGGACAAACACGUAAGCGAAACCCCGUUAAAGCGACCAUCCAUCUACGUGAAGUUUCUUUCUUGAGUGGACUCCUGGACGUUCUUUGGAUGAGCGGAGGGAUGGGAUCCACGCGGCUGGUCCACAGCUUGGGAAUUCUCCUCUGUGGGUCCGUGCUUACUGUUGUCUACGGUUUGGUGGAUGCUGAUGAUGUCCUUACCAAGGAGGAGCAGAUCUAUCUAUUGUUCAACGCUAAGAGAAAAUGUGAACGAGCCAUCAAGUCAAAACACAAGAUUGCUGAGGGCUUCUGUCUACCAGAGUGGGAUGGAAUUGUAUGUUGGCCAGAGGGACCUCCAGGGAGAUUGGUGUCUACUUCCUGCCCAGAGUAUGUCUACGACUUUAACCAUAAAGGUUAUGCAUAUCGCCGCUGUGACCUAAACGGUACGUGGGAACUGGCCACCACCAACAAUAAGACCUGGGCUAAUUACAGCGAAUGUGCCAAAUUCCUCUCUCAUUACAACCAAAACCAAGAGAGGGAGGUGUUUGACCGACUCUACCUAAUUUACACCGUGGGCUACUCAAUCUCACUGGGAUCCCUAAUGGUGGCCGUGGUGAUCCUGGGAUAUUUCCGUCGAUUGCAUUGCACCAGGAACUACAUCCAUAUGCAUCUGUUUGUGUCCUUCAUGCUGAGAGCCAUCAGUAUCUUCGUGAAAGACAUGGCGCUGUAUUCCGGAGAUGUUCUGGGGGAGAUAGAGCGGGUCAGUGUGGAGGACUUGAAGUCCAUUACGGAAGCACCGCCAGGCAACAAAACCCAGUUUAUUGGCUGUAAAGUUGCUGUGACGCUCUUCUUGUACUUCCUGGCCACAAAUUACUACUGGAUCCUGGUGGAGGGCCUUUACUUACACAGCCUCAUCUUCAUGACCUUUUUCUCCGACAGGAAGUACCUCUGGGGAUUCACUCUGAUUGGCUGGGGUGUCCCUGCCAUGUUUGUGACCGUGUGGGCAAGCGUCAGAGCCACUUUGGCAGAUACAGAGUGUUGGGAUUUAAGUGCAGGCAAUGUGAAAUGGAUUAUACAAAUCCCUAUAUUAACAGCUGUUGUGAUCAAUUUUGUGUUGUUUUUAAACAUAAUCAGAGUCCUAGCAACAAAAUUAAGAGAAACCAAUGCAGGAAGAUGUGACACCAGACAGCAGUACAGAAAACUUUUGAAAUCCACACUAGUUCUCAUGCCCCUGUUUGGAGUUCACUACAUCAUCUUCAUGGCGAUGCCCUACACGGAGGUAUCAGGAGUGCCCUGGCAGAUACAGAUGCACUAUGAGAUGCUCGUCAAUUCAUUCCAGGGAUUCUUUGUUGCAAUAAUAUAUUGCUUCUGCAAUGGAGAGGUCCAGGCUGAAAUCAAGAAGUCAUGGAGUAGGCGGACACUUGCCCUGGACUUCAAAAGGAAAGCAAGGAGUGGAAGCAAUACCUACAGUUAUGGACCCAUGGUGUCACACACCAGCGUCACAAACGUGACGGCCAGGGGCCCUUUGGCCCUGCAUCUCACCACGCGCCUUGGGCCGGUCACCGUCAACGGACACCGGAACCUCCCGGGCUACGUGAAGAACGGUUCCGUCUCAGAGAACUCCAUACCUUCCUCGGGGCAGGAGCUGCACAUCCCCGAGGAGGAGCCGUCCAACGGCAAUCGCCCCCCGAUGGAGGACAAACCCCCACCGGUGGUGGAGGAGGAGCGGGAGACAGUCAUGUGACCCACAGCACUGAGCAUGUGCGCAAGGAAGUUGCUUUAAAAAAAUAAAUAAUAAUACUAAUAGUAAUAAUAAUAAAUAAAUGAAGGAUACUUGUUUUAUUCACAAAGGUUGCUUUGUCAGGAGGAUGCCUGCGGUAUUUCUGGCAUGCUUCGAAUCCUGUGAGUCACAAAAUACUUUGUAUAAAACCAAAGCCAAGAGCUCAAAUUUGCUAUACGUGGAACGUGCUUAGUAUCACCCCUGGAGAUCCCAGACUUCUGUGACUGUUUUGGAUGGAGGGCGCGCUCCUCAAAGGUCACAAACAAUGCGUAGUGACAGCCUGGAUGUCGGGGUCAGACUCUGAAAGUUUGACAUAUGGGAAUAUACGUGAAAGGAGACGCACUAGAAAGACCUCAGAGGAACGGCGAGCCCUGUCUUGCUCGAUCACAGAGGAUGACCAUCCUCUCUCACUCAGGCAGGUGAGGUGAUGGCCUCGCUUGCUCUAAAGCCGAACUCAAAUACGCAUAAUGGGAAUCUACUGUAAUUUUGUAUCAGGUAUUUGGAAUAUAAAUGUCAUGAUGAGAACCAGUCUUAGUCCCUAUAAGAGAGAUGCAUUUUAGCCAAAUGCGGUAUUUAUCUGUUUUGGCUGCCUGUCAUGAAAAGAGAUUAACUGCGUCCAUACUGAUCAUAAGGCAUGAAUUGUAUUGGCAUCAAUAUCUUUUGAAAGAGAUUCCAUUAUAAAUAAGAACAUAUUUGUGUAUUAUUAAUUAUGGACACGUGUUAUAGUACAAUCAGUAUGCUAAAUUCUUCUCAUGUAGAUACAUAUUCUUCUCAUGUAGAACAAGGAUACAUAUUCUUGGAGUUAAUUUCUACAUUGCCUUAUUUGGUCACCAUUUUCUUAUUUAUAAUUCCAGCAGUGUAAAAGGAAGCUGACACAAUAACUUGUUAUUCAGUAUUGUCAGGGAUUGCACAUUCCACCAAGGCAACUAUUUUGUUCAAGUGAAUGCAUCUUUGUAUGUGUGUUAGUCAUAUUCCAAGGGCCUCAUGCACUCUUGCCUAUUCUUUUCAUUUUGUACGCUCUACUCAUACUGAUGUAGCAUGUCAAAUUCAGCAAACCAUUUGAGACUUAAGAAAGCUGCCAAACAUUGUUAUUGGAAUAUCCAUACAUGUCCAUUGAAAUUGUAAAUUAGAAUAAUUGAAGCCUGAAAAUACCAUCUUAUCCAAUUUGUGAAGAAGCUCCACCCAAAGAAUCUCACAAGUUGCAGACUAAUAUUCUGUACUCCUGUCAGCAUUUGGAAAAAGAUCAUAUUUACUAUCACAAUGUUUAAAAUGGGCAUUGAAAAAGGUGCAAAAUUCAAACAAUAGGUAAACAUUUCCAGGGUCAUUUACACUGUCGCUUGAUGGUAGUAUCACUGAAAUCACCAAAAGUCUGACAGGAAAAUAUAAACAGUAUAAAGUAAAACAAAAAUGCCCUCCCCUCCAAGUAAUAAAAUGGCAUGCACUGUGUGUAACUCGUGUGAAAAGUUUUAAAUGAUGGUUGAUUUUGUAGGAAACAGUUGGGAAUAUGAAAACCACAGUGCAGUAUGUGUUGAAGGUGACAGAGUGUGUUGAACAGUAGCACCUGUCACCUAAAAUCAAGUAUGAUUGUAUAAAUGGCUCUUGCAUGAGGCCCAGUGUGUGUUUUUUUACAUUUGUCACAGGUGGUUAAGCUGUUGCUGAAAUGAAUGUACUUAUUUAAGUCCCCAAUUAAAACAACCAACUGAUUUAGUGUCUACAGUGUAGAGAUGUCAGCACCUACACUGACAUAUUGAAUUGCAGUGUGUGUUUGACACCGAUAGGGUAGGGGAAAUUAAUUUUGAUUAAAAAAAAAACAUUCUUAAUUGUUCCAAAUACACAUGAUGGAAAGUGAAGGUUCUUGGUAUUCCUUAAUGCCACCAUUAGUUUUGUCAGAAAAUAGUACAAAAAAGUUCAAUACAGACUUUUUACAAGUGAUAGAUUUUUUCCUAAUGGAACAUAACUGUAAGCUUACGAUCAUGGGAGCCUUAAUGAAGCAGCUCAAGGCUUUACUUUUGAAAUUCAGUGUGCAAAAAUCUCUCCAUGUUCAGAAUUGUGUAAAUUGCAGUCCCUUGUGAUGUUUGGUGUGAAAAAUCUGUCAUAAUUUAAUGUAACAUAAUUUAAAAUGAUUCAUAAAUUUUAAAAUUAUGUAUUAUAGCUCACAUACUGUUAAAUAUGGUUCAGUAUUAUGCUGCUUAUCUUAUGUAUGUAUGUAUAGAUAUUCAGUAUAUGUGUACACAGAAGUCACAAUGUUUACAAAGGCUAGAUUUGAGCUAAAUGAGCAUCAGUGUUCUGCAAAAAAUGUAAUGUGAUGUAACUAUGAAGGGACAGUAUUUCAUUAUUUUUAAUCAGGGAUGCGCUCCAACAUGCUUAUGGUAAAUUUAUUGAUUCAGUUUCUUGAAAUUGUUAUAUCGCUACAAACAUCGUCAAGCAAGAGACAGCAUCAGAUGGGUGUGGCACUAUACUUCUUUGGAAACCUGAUUUCAGUAUCAAUGACAUUUUACUGCAUCUUGUUUUUUUUUCAUUGCUUUAUAAUCUUUACGAUAUUUCCCAUGGUCUUUAAACUUUUUGAUAUUUAAGAUAUUUAUACGAAUUUCCUUUUUUUCUCUCUCUGUGGCUUAUUGAAACAUGUUGGUAUUCUCUGAGGUAGUAUAUAUUCCACUGCAGCAUUAUGCAAGAUCACAGAGGGAACAUUGGAAGUGUUCAUAAUUACCACCAGUACUAAGAUAGCGUCGGUUCUGUAGUGUCAAAAGGUCUAAAGGUUACGGCGAUAGAACUGCUAUAGGCCAUGGACAACAAUAUCCAAAUACAAAAGUCAUUAUCAAACUUUUAGCUAGGUACUGUGUUCUGUUAAUGUCUCAUGGUUUACACUUUACUUUAACUCUAAAACUUGCAAAUAAAAGAGUGGAAUUGUUCAGGACAUUUUACCGAUAGCCAUAUAAGCACUUUAAAAUGCAUACUUGUUCUUUUCAUCAGCGAUUAUUUUUCAUCAGCGAUUAUGGACACAUUUCUUAUCAUGCUGAUAUUUUCCAGGUAGCCUAUCUCAAAGGUGUUGCCUGGAUUUCCUUUUGCCAAGAUCCCUCGCCUGCCAGUUGUACUUGUUUGAAUCAUGGAUCUUGACCAAUUAUGUUGUCAUAAUUCAAACAUGUACAAUAUUUUUCAGCUUUUUUUAUUUGUAUUAUUUGUAUGAAAAGAUACAGUGUGAGCUGUUCCUACAACUGUCCAUAUAGCCUGUUUAUAUGCCAAUAAUGUUAACAUAUGGUGGAAAUCAGGCAAGCAGACACAUUGCUGCAAAAAUAACUAUAGAGCUUAGCUGCCAUGUGGUUUAUUUGAAGUCCACUGUCUGGUUUUAUAAGAAUAUAUUGACAUAUAAAGUGUACAUCAUCGUAUUGUGAAUAAUGAAAUAAAUGAAAAUUACCUUG